AUGGCGGUGGUUUACAGUCAUCGCAGAUCAGCUCGUCGUAUAGAAGAAGUGAAGAGAAGAGCUCGACCAGAACUGAAUAGUUUUGGUUGGGAUACACUCGGCCUCGCUAGUAAAUUUGCCCUUCCGGAUGUCCAAGACAACAUUGUAAGGGUUGAUGGCUCGAAACUAUCAUUGGAGGAGUUUCGCGAGAAAUAUGAACAACCUCGAAUUCCUUGCAUAUUUACUGGCCUCACCGACGGUUGGCAAGCGCAUGAGAAAUGGACUGUUUCGAGAAUUGCUAGAAAAUACCGCAAUCAACGUUUCAAGUGUGGGGAAGACGACGACGGUUACUCAGUAAAGCUGAAAAUGAAGUAUUACGCAGAUUACAUGGCCAACACUAAGGAUGAUAGUCCUCUCUACAUUUUCGACAGUGGAUUUGGAGAUCGACAUAAGACGAAUAAAUUGCUUUCGGACUUUGCUGUGCCUCACUUGUUCAAGGACGAUUUGUUUUGCUACGCCGAUUACAAAAAGCGUCCUCCUCACCGAUGGGUUUUAAUACCCCCGGAUGCUCCUCGAUCUCUCGUCAAACCUUACCAGUCGGAAAAAGGCAAACAUCCAGAUGAAGCCAUAACCUGGUUCUCAACUGUUUACAAACGUGUUCACUCGUCAACAUGGCCUAAGGAGUAUCCCGUCAUAGAGGCGCGACAGGGUCCUGGAGACACAAUGUUCGUACCAUCAGGCUGGUGGCACGUAGUUAUCAACGAGGAUGAAACUAUAGCGAUUACACAAAACUUCUGCUCAGUCAUCAAUUUGCCGCAGGUCUGGCCUAAAACGGUGAAAGGACGCCCAAAACUCAGCAAACAUUGGUUCAAGAGGCUAAACAAAGAACGUCCUGAACUAAUUUCCAUUAUGGAACAGUCAUUGGAAGCUCCUGUCGAAGGGGAAUCGAGCAGCGAUUCUUCCUCAAGUAGCUCUAGCAGUGACGAUGACACCAGUAGUGAAGACGAUUGCAAUGCAGUGAAUCCAUGCAUUCCUGGUACAAGAAAAAGCUCAAUUGAACUUAAUCUUUUUGUUGUUACCUUGGCUGCAUAUCUGAGCUGA